CAACACCACGCCUGAAAGAUCAUUCUGUCCAACGCCGCCACAGAAUCAAAUAGAUAGACCAUCAACAUCUCGUGAUUUGAUUUCAACCGUCGCAAAUAUCAUGAAUAUACAAUCAAAGACUUCAGAAUUUGCAAUCAAAACCCUAAAGAGCUUAGAGCAAAUCAAAACCCAGGUUCAUUACAAUACGUCUCUUCUCCUCCAAAUAGUAAAGAAAGUUGAUGUGCAACAAACAGUGGAUGCAGAGGAUAAUUACGAUAAUGAACUCACAGUGCUUCCAAUCAAAACGAUGUUGCAGCUAGAAGGAGUUGAAAAUGCCUUGAAGGUCGACACUACAAAGAACCGCUUGGACAAAAUGAAGUAUCUUCUGUUGACCCUCUUUGUAUAUGGAGUCUGCACAUUGUUUUCUACAUCAGCAACAACAUGUCACGACAGAUAUGUAAAAUGCAAGGAUGGUAUUCAAUGUGUGCAUCACAUGUUCCUGUGUGAUGGAGGCUAUGAUUGCCGUGAUAAAUCUGAUGAAGAUGAUUGCGAAGUAACCAAAUGUAUUGGAGGAUUUGUAAAUUGCAAAGAGGGUGUUCAAUGCGUGUAUCACAGGUUUCUGUGUGAUGGAGACUAUGAUUGCCGUGAUCGGUCUGAUGAGGAUGAUUGCAAAGAAACUAAAAGAUCUUUUAGUGAUUUCUUGGGUUAUCGCAAAAUGGAACGAAGAUUACAAAAUUGAAGAUUGAGACAAUUGGAUGCUGCAAGCUUUAACCUCUGCAAAUUAUUGAUAUUAUACCUAUUAAAUAGAUAAAAAAAAACAAUAGUAUUCUUAGAAUUCAUUGAACUUUGUAUGUUAAAUAUAUUGAAUAAGUAGCAGUAUUUCUUAAAAAAGAUAAAAAUCAACGUAUAAUUCAAUAAAUAUUUGUAUCUGGUGAAUAAACGUGUUACUUAA